AAAAAUGGCCACCUUUGCAAUGUCUCUUCUCUUCUUGUUCUCUCUUCUUCCUCCAAUUCUUGGUUCCUCCGCACCAGUCCAAGACCCUGAAGUAGUUGUGCAAGAGGUGCACAGGAGCAUCAAUGCCUCUAGGAGGAACUUGGGCUAUUUCUCUUGUGGAACAGGCAACCCUAUCGACGAUUGCUGGAGGUGCGACGCCAACUGGGACAAGAACCGCCAGCGGUUAGCCGACUGCGCUAUUGGGUUUGGCAAGGAUGCAAUGGGCGGAAAGAAUGGUAGAAUUUACGUGGUCACCGACUCCGAGGACGAUGACCCUGUCAAUCCAAGGCCAGGGACUCUCCGGCAUGCUGUGAUCCAAGAUGAGCCAUUGUGGAUCAUCUUCAAGCGUGACAUGGUCAUCAAGCUGAAGCAAGAGCUGGUGAUGAACUCGUUCAAGACCAUUGAUGGUAGGGGUGCUAGCGUUCACAUUGCUGGAGGGCCAUGCAUUACCAUCCAUUACGCCAGUAACAUCAUCAUACAUGGUCUCCAUAUCCAUGACUGUAAGCAAGGAGGGAAUGCCAACAUCAGAAACUCUCCUCACCACUCCGGCUGGUGGACAGUAUCUGAUGGUGAUGGGGUGUCCAUCUUCGGUGGGAGGCAUAUAUGGGUUGACCAUUGCUCUUUGUCCAACUGCCAUGACGGCCUCAUUGAUGCCAUCCAUGGAUCCACCGCCAUAACCAUCUCUAACAAUUUCAUGACUCACCAUGACAAGGUCAUGCUCCUGGGCCACAGCGAUUCUUAUACAGAAGACAAGAACAUGCAAGUCACCAUUGCCUUCAACCAUUUCGGAGAGGGGCUCGUGCAGAGAAUGCCCAGAUGUAGGCAUGGGUAUUUUCAUGUGGUGAACAACGACUACACCCACUGGGAAAUGUAUGCCAUUGGUGGAAGUGCUGACCCUACCAUCAACAGCCAGGGCAACAGAUUCCUAGCACCCAAUGAUAGAUUUAAGAAAGCUGUGACAAAGCAUGAGGAUGCACCAGAAAGUGAGUGGAGGCAUUGGAACUGGAGAUCUGAAGGGGACCUGAUGUUGAAUGGUGCCUUCUUCCUGCAGUCGGCGGCAGGCGCUUCUUCCAGCUACGCCAGAGCUUCCAGCUUGAGUGCCAGACCAUCUUCUCUGGUGGGUUCAAUCACCUUGGGUUCUGGCGCACUCGGCUGCAGGAAGGGGUCUCGUUGCUAAUUAAAUGAAGGGAUGUACCCAUAACAAGUAUUACUAUUAUCAUUAUCCAAAAAUUAUAGGUUCGAUUAGGGUUUAUCUUUCUUUCUAGUGCUCACUUAACUGAUUAUCCACCUGGGUCUGAUGCUUGGAGAAGCAUGUUGAGUUCGCCUGGGAGGCAGUUAAGUUGCAAUACCACUUAAUGAAAAUGAAAUUUAAGCACC